AUGACAAGCUGCAGCAGCUUCACCAGCUCUGAAUUCUCUGAGGAUGAGCUGGAGCUAAGCCUGGAGGCUCGGGUAGAAAAGGGUGCUGGGGACGAUAGUCAGAACGUUCCCUUCCCUGACAGUCCCCACAGUGGGACCGAGGAAGGACGGAGGAAGAAACGAAAUAGGCCGGUGCGCUCCAAGGCUCGGAGGAUGGCAGCCAACGUGAGGGAGAGGAAGCGCAUUCUGGAUUACAACCAGGCCUUUAAUGCACUUCGAGUGGCUCUUCAUCAUGACCUGAGUGGCAAGAGACUCUCUAAGAUCGCCACUCUUCAGCGUGCUAUCAGCCGAAUCUCUUCGUUAUCCGUGUUUCUCAGCAGCAACAAGUCCUGCAACCACCGGGAGUGCCAUGGGCAAACUGGACAAGUAGUAAUACCAACUUCCCUAGAGUCUCAGAGCUACAUGUCCUGGGACCAACCACUGGCGCACCAGAUGCAGAUGCACAGACUGCCCUCGGAGCAGCAGGCUUACAUGGACCAUUUGAGACAUGUGAAUCCUACGUGUCCUCUGUCGCCGCACUAUUCUUGCUACUCGCCUGACGCCCAGAUCUAUCCAACUAGUGGAUCAUGUAGCAGUCCUGCCAGUGACAGUGAAAGUCCUCCAAGGUAUGGACGAUUAGGUGAUGAGUUGGGUUACCAGAAUGGGGUUUGGGCGUCCUGCGCUCAGGGUCAUACGAAUGCGCACGGAGAUGCAAGUCAGACUCUUCCUUUCUCUUGGCACAUGGGUUAUUUUCAGGAGACAGGCCCACACCACUGUUUUUCUAUGCUAUGAUGGACUUUUUAGAGACUCUCUAUGACAUUGUGUACAAGACAUCUUCUGCAGGGGGUGUGUUUGGUGCAGUCAUGCACCUC